GAGAACACAGUCUCACUCAGCAUCAAGACAGGAUGGAACUCACACCACUCUGCUGGCAGAUCUUGCUGUUGAGUACACUGGUAUACUGUAGCCUCGGACAAGGUGGAGGGUCGUCUGAGGUUCAGGUUGUUGGACCGGCUGACCCAGUCGUUGCCUUAGCUGGUGAUGACAUUAUUCUACCAUGUUCCCUGGAACCCAGUGUCAGUGCUGAGGACAUGGCAGUGGAGUGGACCAGAUUGAACCUGAAAGCAGAAAACGUCCAUCUUUACCGUCAAGGUCGAGACUCCAAUGAGGAUCAGCAUCCAUCCUACAGGGGAAGGACAUCAAUGUUUCAUGAAGAACUGAAGAACGGCAACGUCUCCUUAAAGCUGAACAGAGUUACUCUCUCUGAUGCUGGAAGCUACAGGUGCUUCAUUCCAACACUGACCAGCCAGGUGAAGAACACCACCGUUCAACUCUUUGUUGGUGCUGUAUCUCAGCCAGUGAUCUCUAUUGUUGGAACUAAAGACUGGGGGGUGGUCCUGAAGUGUGAGUCUGGAGGCUGGUUUCCUGAACCUGGGAUGGAUUGGCUGGACAGUUCUGGAACCAUCCUCCCUGCUGAUGGACCUCCAGAGAGACACAGAGACUCAGAGGACCGCUACACUGUGAGACGACAUGUCACCGUGGACCAGACUGACACCAACAGGUUCACCUGUAGAGUUCACCAGACGGAGCUCAACCACCUGAAGGAGACAGAGAUUCAUGUCCCAGAUGACGUGUUUCCUAAAUCACAAGUAGGGUUGAUUAUUGGUCUGAUAGCAGCAGCUGUUGCAGUUCUUGCAGCUUCAGCUGGUGUCUACUGGUGGAGAAAACAUACAGAGAAGCUUAGAAGAGAAUUUGAAGAAGAAGAGAAGAAGAAGUUUAGAGAACAAAUGGAAGAAGUGAAGAAGAAGCUUGAAGAACUACUGGAACAACGAGUGAUGAACCUUGGAAAAGAUUCGGAAGAACGAGUGAAGAAGCUUAGAGAAGAUUUUGAUGAAAAGGUAAGUGGGCUGUUGACUUGUUAG